GAAAGGUUUUGUACUGUUGCAUCAGCAGGAAGUUCAGUCAAAGAAAUCUUAUAAAUUGCUCCUUGUGUGAACUGAGAUAUUAUUCAAGAUGUAUACAGUGCUAGUGAAAGCAACCCGUGCCCCCAGGGGGAUCUUACUCAUCAAGUCACUCUGUUACCAGUCAGUACGAGCUCGAGCUCUCAGUGUCAGCUGGACGGUGUUGUCCGGAGAGGAGGGGGCCUCUCAUUUCAAGAACUCGUCCAUUAAACACCCCCUGUCAAGCAAGCUUACGUCUAACGAGAAUGUUCCUGUUGAGAAUGCUGAGAAUGCCACAGGCGAUCGCAGCGACUCGUACUCACUACCUCACCCGAUUUGGAGUGCGGCCGAAGUGGAUGGGGUGGAGGUAACCCACCGGCCCCCCACAGAUAGGGUUGACAAGGCUGCCUUCUAUACUAUGAAGUUGAUGCGCUUUAUGUUCGAUCUAUUCUCUGGAUAUGGUUGGGGCAAGUGGAGGGGUACGCUGAGUGAGAGGAAGUGGAUCAAACGUUUUAUCUUCUUAGAGACGGUUGCCGGGGUCCCAGGUAUGAUGGGGGCUAUGAUAAGACAUAUGAAUUCCUUACGUUAUAUGGAGCGUGACCACGGGUGGAUUCACACAUUGCUAGAGGAAGCUGAGAAUGAGCGAAUGCAUCUUCUAACCUUCCUAGAGCUGCGGAGACCCGGGCCAUUAUUUAAAGCAAUGGUUAUCUGCAGCCAAGGUGUGUUUGUGACUCUGUUUGGGGCAGCCUAUUUCAUAAAUGCUCGUUUUUGCCAUCGCUUUGUUGGCUAUCUCGAGGAGGAAGCCGUCAUCACCUACACUCACUGUAUCCAGUGUAUGGACAAAGGUGAUCUUCCCAUGUGGUCCAAAAUGGCAGCCCCUUCCAUAGCAGUGAACUACUGGAACCUCAAGGAGGAUGCAAUGAUGCGUGACGUGUUGUUAGCCAUCCGAGCAGACGAGGCUCAUCACAGGGUUGUCAACCACACACUCGGCAGCAUCAGCCCUGACGAUGACAACCCAUAUGGCCCUGGGAGGUGACCCCUCUCUCACAACUCCAUGAAAACACAACAAACUCAGUCAUUUAUUUCACAGUCAUUUAUUGCCUUGACAGUAUUGGAACUAUAACUAUUAUUUUUGACCACCAGGCUCUUAAUUAUUAUAUAGAAUGUGCAGCACAUGCACUAAAUUAAA